CCUGUGUCGAUGUGCUGCAAAGACCGGGCGUGGGCCGGCAGGUACAGCAAGGGUGGACGGCACUCAUGGCUUUAGUCGCUUGAUCCGCUCUCCUUUAUUACUCCCCCCAAAAAAAAUUCCAUUUAACAUUGUUUUUUUUUUCUCCUUUACCAGUUAGAUGAGUUUAAAGUCUAAAAAGAGUAUGGAAUUAUUAUAUUUUUCAACUUCAACCACUGUCGUGAGUCAGAAUUUUAAAUUUCCCUUUCCUUUUUUCUUUCCAAGAUUGGUUAUAAGGCUGGGCGAUGAAAACCAUUACAUUCGCAUGCCUCAUUUUCACUCCCGUCAUUUAAAAUUUUUGUUCGAAAGUCGUCGCUAGAAAUUUCUAACUUUCCAAUGACUAGGGGACAAAAAAAAAUUUCUUUCAAGAUUUUUUAUCAGCUAUAAUUCCCUGAUAACAUUGCCAAGACAACAAACCCAACAAGAUAAAAUUGCCAUCCAGGACUAGGUUUAUCACUUUGAUUAGUCGUCAAGGGCAAAUAAAUCAAAAGGCUGUUGCAUCCCUUACAACAAAGACCACAUAUUUUUUUGUGUGAAAGGAUUAGUUAAUUAUUUGUGCUGUUUCCGAAAGUCAGUAUGUCGAAAAUGUUGAAGAUUUUCGAUCUCAAAAACAAAUUAGGGGAGGGGCGUUAUGGUAUCGUUUGCAAGGGAUCCUGGGAUGGAAAAACAGUGGCCAUCAAGCGAAUUCAACUAGAUCAGUGCUGCAACCAAGAAGAAGAAGCCAUGAAAAAACUCGAUCAUCCGAAUGUCGUAAAAUUUUUUCACGCCGAGAGUGACGAGAAUUUCAGAUAUUACUGUCUUGAAUUGUGUGAUGGCUCGUUGGAACAACUGUUAUCUAAAGACAAGGACCCAGAAAAAUUCUUAAACGCUCACCCAAUGCCCAUACAAUUACUUAACAUUUACCAAUUAGCUACUGGCCUGGAAUACAUUCACAAACAGGGACUGAUCCACCGUGAUCUCAAGCCGGAAAACGUUCUAAUUAAAGAAACUCUGAUGAAAUGGGCUGAUUUCGGACUGAGUAAACAAGUGAAUGAAAGAGGGACUUGUUCUAUGAGUGGAAUCAAGGGGACAAGGGAAUGGUUAGCACCAGAAUUAUUGAAACUACUCGUCACCGAAGAAGAAAUAACGCAAAGGGGAACAAUCAAGAGCGAUGUGUUUUCGGAAGGUCUUGUCUUUGGAUAUUAUCUUUCAAAUGGUCUUCAUCCGUUCGGUUCUCGUGAUAAAAUUUACUCCAACAUACUUGAAAACAAACCAAUUAAUCUAGAUAAAUGUCAACUGUGCGCGUUUGACAUAAUCAAGAGAAUGUUAGAAGGGAAGCCGGAAGAUCGAAUCAAUUCGUCAGAUGUCGUUGAACUACUCUCUGAAAAGUUUUGGGAGGUUGGUCGCAGAGAUCGCAAAGAUACCUAUCCUACUUUGAAGGAUGUUGAAUCCUAUCUAGAAAUGGGUGUCGGCGUCUUUUUUUUCGAUUUUAUAGGAUGGACUCCCCUAAUCAAUCUGAAUAAAAAAGAGGAUGGCAAUAACAAUUUGGUUGAAAUAGUGCGACACUUCCUUAAGAAUGGCGUCAACCUUAGCCUAUUUUUCUUCGGUGUUAGAUUAAAUAUCUUACAUUUAUUCUGUCAUAUGUAUCAAAACGAAAAUUUGAUUGAAAUAAUUCAACUUUUAAUUCAACAUGGAAUCGACGUCAAUUUCAAAAACAAGGACGGAUGGAAUGCUCUUCUUUUCUUAUGUCGUCAUUAUCAAAAAGAAAAUUUGGUUGAAAUCAUUCAACUUUUAAUUCAACAUGGAAUCGAUGUCAAUUGCAAAAAUAAUUACGGAGAAAAUGCUCUCACUUUACUGUGCGUAAAUUAUCAAAACGAAAAUUUAAUUGAAAUCAUUCAACUUUUAAUUCAACAUGGAAUCGACAUCAAUUACAAGAAUAACUCUGGAGACAAUGCUCUUACAUCUUUGGGUGGAAUUUAUCUAAAAGAGAAUUUAAUAGAAAUCAUUCAACUUUUAAUUCAACACGGAAUCGAUGUCAAUUGCAAGGACAGCAACGGAUACAAUAUUCUAACUUUAUUGUCUCACUAUUAUCAAAAUGAAAAUAUAAAGGAAAUAAUUAAAAUUCUAAUUCAAAAUGGAAUCGACGUCAAUUGCAAAACCAACGUUGGAUGGAAUGCUCUUCUUUUCUUAUGUCGUCGCUAUCAAAAUGAAAAUUUAUUUGAAAUCAUUCAACUUUUAAUUCAACAUGGACUCGACAUCAAUUGCAAGGACGACGGAUUGAAUGCUCUUCUCUUCUUAUGUAGUUAUUAUCAAAAGGAAAAUUUAAUUGAAAUCAUUCAACUUUUAAUUCAUCACGGAAUCGACGUCAAUUGCAAAGACAACAAUGGAUGGGAUGCCAUUUCCAUUUUGAUUUUUUAUUAUAAAAAAAAAAAUUUAAUUGAAAUAAUUCGACUUUUAUUUGAACACGGAUUUGACACCAAGGCCCAUAGUAUACCAGAUCAUGUUCUCCUUGAGUUGUAUAAAAAUCACGAAGAUGACAAUUUAAUUGAAAUUCUACAACUUUUGUUAGAACACGGUCUCGAAGUCGAUUGCAAAGACUCGGACGGAUCUAAUGCUCUUCAGACUGUUUUUCGUUACUAUAAAAAAGAAAAUUUAAUUGAAAUAAUUAUACUUUUCGUGAGGCAUGGAAUCGAUGUGAAUUGGAAGGACCGUAUGGGACGCAAUGCUCUUUGCCAUUUGUUUCAAUAUUAUAAAGAAGAAAAUAUUGUUGAAAUAGUUCAACUUCUAAUUGAAAAAGGAAUAGAAGUGAAUUACCAAGACCUUUGGAAGAAUAAUGCCUUGCAUUAUUUAUGCACAUUUUAUCAAGAAGACAAAUUAAUUGACUUAAUACGACUUUUGAUUCGACACGGAAUCGACGUCAACUGCAAUGGUCGCUUUGGAAGAAGAGCCCUUGAUAUCUUGUGUCAAUUCUACCACAAAGAAAAUUUAGUUGACAUUGUUCAAAUUUUUCUUCAGCAUGAAAUGGAAGUCGAUGGUAAAGAAGACUGGGAAAGAAAUCAAAAAUUUUAUGGCUUGUGGCCUUAUAGAGAGAAAGAUUACAGCGACUUUAAAAAAUGCAUGCAUUCCUUGUGCCAAAGUGAUCAAAAACAAUAUUUAAAUUAUAUUAUUCGACUUCAUAUUGAAUGUUGUUGCGAUGUGACGCCAUAUACGUUAACUUACAUCGCAUAUAAUAAGACAAAAGAAAAACGACAUGAAAUUCUGCAAUGUAUUGUAGAGAGAAGCACUACGGAAAGCACAAAAAAAUAUUGGAUCCAAAGUAUGACAGAAGGAUAUCGUUUUUAACAUGUUUUUUUUUUACUGUUCUGACUUUAUAAAAUCCCGCCAAAAUCAUUUGUCAUGUUAGUUAGCCUUACCCACUCUAUGAACCGUUGACAUAAUAGAGGAGCUGAUUUCUCUUGAUUCAAUUUUUUGUUAUGCAAAGUGAAUAAUAAAACUGAAACCAAAAUGAAUCUACUGUAACACCAAAACCAUAUUGAUCUACUGCAGAUUCAAUGUUCUCCUCUGAUUGGAGGAAAUUGAUCUGACUCUUUCUACAGGUCUUAACUCAUCUCUUAAUGAAAAUUGGUACUUUUCUAGUUGCUUCGGCAAUGCAUAAUGCAUCGCUCUUUCCACUAGUCAUGGGAAUACUUGAAAAAUCAACGAUGUUCGGAACCCAAUCCUGAAUACCCCAUCAAAUUACAUGUAUUUCCGAAAUUUUUAAUCAGAUUUUAAGUAUUAAAAGAAAAGCGUACGUAAAUAAUAAAAUAACAAAAAAUGUUAUUGACUCCAUUAAAAUAUCCCUCCGAUCUCCUGAAAGUGACAUAAGUAAAAGUGAACUGAGGAUUUAUCUUGACAAGUUUUAUCAACUGUUUACCUUGAUAAAAUUGCCAAGGUAACCAAUACAAAAUGAUACAAGCUGUGAUCUGAAUAACAACGCUCAUACCUAAAUUCCUUGAUACGAAUUACUCAGUCAACU